AUUCAGCAAUGAAUACGGCAACGUCUUCACUCUCAGAUGAUUGCCGUCGCCGACUUCUAAUGAAAGGCAAACUCGGCACCGUCUACAAUUCACUGCUUGUGGGGUUACGCCACAAAAAAACUUUCCCCGCUUCUCUCUUCUCGUUUCCCAGCGAUCGACGACGCCCCAUUUCUCUCUACCCUCUCCUCUCUAGCAGAUCUGAGAGAGCGAGACCCUAGAUCUCCUCCUCCUCCUCCCUCCUCGGCUCCCCGAACCCUAACCCCUCGAUCCAAUCGAGGAUUCGGAGCAUAGAUCUCCUCCUCUUCCUCAGCUCCCCGAACCCUAACUCCCCGAUCGCAGGGGAGAGGAGAAGAGGAAUCGCAAGGUGAAGCCCUAGAUCUCCAAACCCUAGAGAUCUCGUCCGCGGAGCUCGUCAAUGGCGUGCCUCGCCCUCUCCCUCCAACCCACGAACGGCACCGACAUCCUCCUCCAGACGCGCGAGUGGUUCCCCCCCUCCCGCGCCCUCGCCGCCCUCUCCGCCUUCCGCCAAACCCGCCUCGCCCUCUCCUCCUCCUCCUCCUCCGCCGCCGCCGCCGCCGCCGCCGCCGCGGCGUCCCACAAGUCCUCCGCCGCCGCGGCGCCGCCCGCGUCCGACGACCUCGACUCCGCCCUCGGCGACGACCCCCUCGCGGCCUCCAGCGGCCAGCUCGUGGUGGGCGUGGAGUCCAAGUACCGCGUCGUCUACCGCCUCGUGAACUCCAUCUACGUCCUCGGCGUCACCACCGCCGACGACCACGCGCGCGCCGCGACCAACGUGUUCGACUGCAUCAACACCGUGAACCAGGCCGUGAGCGUCGUCGUCGCCGCGUGCCGCGGCGUCGACGUCACCCCGGAGAAGCUCCACCGCAAGUACCCGGAGGUCUACAUGGCCCUCGACAUCGUCCUCCGCGGCGUCGGCUCCGUGCGCCUCGCCGCCAUCCUCUCCUCCAUCCACGGCGAGAGCAUCGCCAAGAUGGUCAGCUCCGCGCCCGACGCCGAGUCCCGCGUCCGCGGCGCCGACUCCUGGGCCGGCGGCCCCGAGUCCCUCGCCGUCGAGCGCCGCGCCACCCUCGAAGCCUUCUCCAAUGCGAUCUUCGAGCUCCCCCCGGAAACCUUGGCCGCAGGGGAGGAGAUUGCCGCCGCCAUUGCCCCCUCCGUCCCCCCCGCCGAUGAGCAGCCGCAGCAGAAGGACCAGCCGGACGAGCCCCCCGAGGAGAAGGACCCUUUCGCCGCCAGCGAGUUGAUCAACAAGCCGGAGGAGGCCCUAGUCGGGGGCUUCAAGAAGAGCAAGGAUCCGGCAUCCGCCGCCGCUGACCCCACCGCGGCGCUCGCGGGGCUCGAGGUCACGACGCUCCCUCCGGCCGAAGCCACGAAGCCCACCUUCAUCGGCGUCGAGGGCUUCGAAGGGGAGUACGGCGGCGUCGAGUUCGGCAGUGAGGAGGCCUCGCUCUCCGAGGCGUUCGAAGGGUUCAACACCGCGUUCGGCGGCGGCCUGGAUGCAUCAGAAUUCGUGACGACCAAGAAGAAGGCACCCAAAGACCCCCAGCUCACAGGCCUCGAGCUCCUCGCCAUGAGCCAGGGCCCCGCCGCCGCUGCUGCAGCGGCCGCUGCAGCAGCAGGCGCUGGUACUCCUCUGGAGAACCUUCUAGUAUCGAAGACUGCAGAAAUGACAGGCCCGGAGAUGUACAUCUCGGAAGAGAUCAAUGCCGAGUUCAAGGAGUCUCUCCUGGCGCGCGUGGGGCUCAAAGGAACCAUCUUUUUAAGAACCCUGCCUCCGAAGAAAGCUGCAGGGAAGGAAACAGAGUUCUCCUUCCGUCUCGAGGGCACCUCAGGUAUCAAAAGAGCCGUUUUACAGAGCUCUUGCGUGAGCAGCUUAGAGAAUGGACUGUUCCAUGUUAGAACUCAAUCUAAAGAAGAGCCGAUCCCCAUUAUGAAGUAUAGUCUUCAGCCAAGGUCCACCCCUCUUCCCCUUAGGGUUCGUCUUGUGAAGCGCCACAGCGGAACCUUGCUUUCAGUAAUGAUCCAGUACGCUUCAAACCCGGCAUUGCCCGCCCCGCUAAACAAUGUGACCUUCAUUCUGAAGCUGCCCGUCGACCCUACGUUGCUCAAUGUGUCACCAAAGGCUGUUCUGAAUCGAGAAAAGAGGGAGCUGAGGUGGCACGUUGCCGACAUUCCUUUAAAAGGCCCUGCGGGCCGGCUCAGGGCACGGAUGCCGGUUGAUCAGGACUCGCAAGAUGGCGAGCUUGAAGUUGUUGGUAUGGUAGAGUUUGCUGCGAAGGGGGCGAACACUUUGUCCGGUGUGUCUCUCCGGCCGGUUUCCGAUGGCAUCGCGCACUUCAAUGAGGUUAGCCAUACCUAUGCUAGUGGGGUUUACUUGUGUAAUUGAUUAGAUUCAUGUUUGUAUUACGGUUAACCUGGUAGUGUUGAUUCUUUGCAAGCACUUACUUCUUGAGUUUUGUGGCAUUCAAUUCCUAGUGUACGUAGUGUACGGGUGAGCAUAUGAUUUCUCUUUUCUUUUCUUUUUUUCCUCGAAUUUCGCUUGGUUAGAUUAUAUGUGGCUGCUGUGCUCUGAGUCGAUAGGAAUAUUUGCAUAAUUCUACGAGCUCUUGUUUGUCCACAGAUUUGUGACUACAUGGAAUGUAAUUUUUUUUUACUCUUCA